UGUAAUUUUAAGUGGUCCCUCAGGCCGGCAAAAUGCUAAUCAGUCAGUUCCCGAAGUUUUUGAAUUUCCUACUCGCUCUCAGUCGCAGCAGAAGCGACGGCUGGCCGGAGCUUCACGAGGUAAAUCGUUUAGGGUUCCGAUCCAAUGGUGAAGACGCUGCAAGGAGGAGGAGGGAGCCAGAAUCUUCCAGCGGAUGUGGCGCAGGUGAUCGAUCAGUUGGAGCGCCACUGUCUGGCUCCCGAUGGAUCUCUCGUCUCCAAAUCUGCCUACUAUGACCUUCAACUCGCGAGAGAAGAGAUGGCGAGAGAAAGAUUGCGUUACUUGGAAGCUAUGGCAAUUUAUUGUGAAGCAUCUGCUAUGGUGGAAGAGUAUCAGCAGGCUGUGUCAAGCCCUAGUCUUGGAGGCAUUCGGGACGCCCUGUAUCCACAGCUUAGCUUGAAGAGCCACUCCCAGGUUUAUGAGACUCUAGAGCAUCGAUUGGUUGUUGCAGAAGCAGCUCAGAAACUGAGGCUUCCUCUUAUAUCAAAAGAUGGUGAGGUUCAGGAGGAAGAUAUCGAAAAAUGGAGCGUGAUGUCACGUAGCUCCCUAGAUAGUACCGGUACCAGUGCCACAAUCAGCUCAAGCUCUAAUUCACUAUAUUAUCCAAAUAGUACCACAAACAGCGCAGGUGCAAUGGGUAGUGCCUUCUCUCCAAGUGUUGCUGACUCAUUGGAUCCUGGAGUUGGUGGCCUAGCCAAUCAGUAUCUUGGUAUUACCCCUGCCUAUCUAUGGCAAACUCAGCUCCAACAGAUGCCCUUAAUGAUGGACAUGGCUGAAUAUCAGAUGUCUUUGUCCCAUGAAAUUGAGACUCGUUUGAAGGACAAAUGUGAUAAGUUAGCUGAUGCUUUUGUUGAUGAUAUUGGUACAUUCUGCAUCUGCUGCUCACAAUUCAACAGCUUGGCUUCCAGAGAGGAUUUUUUUAACAUUAUCAGGGUGAAGUUGAUAACUGAGGAAAUUGAAAGGGAAGAAGGAGCUCUGAGGGAGGACCUCUAUUCCGUUGAUCGAAAAUUUGCAGAAUAUUAUAACGUCUUGGAGCAGAUCCUUGGGGUGCUCAUUAAGCUUGUCAAAGAUUUGAAGUUGCAACACCAGCACAAAUAUGAUGAACUACAAACGACUUGGUUGUGCAAGAGGUGUGAGACAAUGGACGCAAAGCUAAGGUUUGUUGCCACUUGUGCCAUUUAUUCUGGCCUGUCACAACAGAGAAGCUGACCAAUGCACUUGGCAGUUAGCGGCCAUAAAACCUGAUCAAGUGCUAGACUUGCUAGUACUAGUAUUGAUAAGAUGUGUCAUCUUUUGUUAGUAACUCCUUGAGAUGCAUGACAACUACAGGGUUCUGGAGCAUGUUCUACUACUGGAGACUUAUACUCAGGAGUCAAUACCAGAAUGUCAAAACCCCUUGCUCUUGUUUCAGGAAAUACCUUAUCGAGGCUACCGAAGAGGCUUCUCUUGCAUAUAACAAAGCGGCCACACGCCUUCACGAGUACCUAGGCGUUGACCCCCAAUUCGACACCAUCGCAAGACAAUACCAGGAGAUAGUCAGGAAACUGGAGAAUUUGCAAUGGACAAUCCAUGAGGUCGAGAAGGACGUGAAGCAGAGCAAGUAAAUCCGCCGUGGCCCUGUUCUCGUGCAUGGACGUGAUUAUCUCAAUGGUGGUGUACCCAAAGCUCCUCUCGCUGUCAUCACUCACUUUCUUUCGGCCUUUUUCUGGGAUUUCAUCAUUUUGCUAGUUGUGUACUUAUGUUUGUAGCUCUUUGUAUAUAGUAAACCGCGUGUAUACCUGGAGAGUUCCUGAGUUGCUCAUCUUGGCAUCCUUUUUCCUCUCAAUGUAUUUCAAGCAUUCAUUAGUUUUGUGGCUUUGAAAAUAUGACACAUUCUUUCCAGCUCAGGC